AUGAGAGUAGUAACCCCCCUGUGGAUAUUGAGCUUCCUUUUUGCCCUCGCGUUGGGACAUGCCCUUGAAAAUGAAGUUAAGCAAGAAAUUGCAGUUAUCCACAAAAACGUCGUGAAGAAGGUGCCGCUGAAAACAUGGCUGGACUUAGUCAAUGACUCCAUCAGUGUGAUAAUCGAAGCGAACAGUUUGAAAGACAAAAAACUGCAGGAGAAAGAUUUGAUCAUUUGGAACAAUGGAAAGCGCAUGAAUGAGAAAUAUUUUAACUCGGAUCACUUCCCAAGGGGAAACAAAAAUGUGUAUGUCUUUCUGUCCGGGCAGAUUACGGGGGCAAACUGCUUCACCGCGGAGAACAUUUACAACACCCUCUCGGACCAAGUUACCAAAUACACAGGUGUGAUAAAAAAAUAUUUCCACCUGGAAGACAACGCCAGCGAGGAAUGGACGUCCAUGAAGGAGCUGCUGAAACUUUUAAUGAAAUCGAAAGAGCUGAGAGAUCUCGUUGCUGGUAUCAAAACGGAUGACCAUAUCGAGGCUGUCAGGCAGAAGAUCCUAGAAUUGACACAGAAGAAUAAAAACUACCACAUUUUCUUUGACAUUCUGAGAGAACACAAAAUAGUUUAUAAUAUCCUCGACAGCAAGGUCAAGUGGAGGACCUUCGUGAAAGAGAACCUCGGCAAUUUGAAAAAGUUGCUGGAGCCCUACUACGACAAUGCGAGGGGGGGCGACUUGUGA